UCAAUAAGAUUCAAAUCCAUUGAGUUAAAUAGAACAGAUCGGGAGAUUGUAAUUCUGAUCUGUACUAUAUUUUAACUCUUAAACAACAGAUCUAAUUAAGAUUCUAGAUUCUAGAUCAUGGGAAACAGUUUAAGAUGUUGUUUGGCUUGCGUCCUACCCUGCGGAGCUCUUGAUUUGAUCCGUAUAGUUCACUUGAACGGAACUGUCGAGGAAUUCACCAGUCCGGUCACUGCCGGAGAGGUAAUCAAGAACAACCCAAAUCACGUUCUCAGCAAACCCUCCUCCCAAGGAGUCGUUCGCCGAAUUCUCAUUCUCUCGCCGGAAACAGAGCUCAAGAGAGGCAGCUUCUAUUUCCUCAUACCGGAGUCUUCCUUGCCGGAAAACAAAAAACGUCGCCUUCAAAAGAAGUCUCUUAAUGACAACAAAGACGCAAAGAAACAUGAGUACAGUAUCCCAGAAGAAGCUGAUCGUUUCUUGACCCCAAUUAAGUCGGAGAAGAAGUCGUCCUCUCGUCGGGACCGGAAAAGCGGUCGCGUCGGAGUAUGGAGACCGCAUCUGGAGAGCAUAUUGGAAGAUUGAGAUUUUUAUUUGUCUUUUUUUUUUUUUGUUACUUUUUCUCCUCUACGUUCUUGCCGGCGCCGGAUAAAUCAUUUUCCGGCGAGGUGGUGAAGAAGUGGAAAGGGCUGGGUUUUUUUUUUACCUCCUGAAGUGGGGUUAAUAGUUAAUACUGUUGUUAUGUUGAUAUUUGGCUUUAUUUUGUUUCCGGCUAGAUUCGGAAAUUCUUGUUUAAAAUUUUAAGGAUCUGUUUGGAUCGACUGAACCAAGUUACCUC